CUGUGGGCGAUGGACUUGAUCAAUUUCGAUCCUGCAACCGCUGCUUGACUCUGUUCGAGUUGCACUGGCGAUCGUCCAAGGCCGUUUGCACUCGGUCCUUCUCGUGACCUCUCUCGAUGAUCUCACGAACCACACGCUUUUUCCCUGUCACGAUAUAACCCCUAGAAAUAAUAACCACAAGAGAGCCCGGCCUUCGGUUUGCAACCCAUUGCGGGUUCUUGUGAAGGAUGCGAGCAGGACUCUCGUUGCUCCUCCCCAUCCUCGUCCAAGCGACCGGCUACGACCGCACCUCUCCCUUCCACCAGCCCGUCAUCGACGGCUCCGAUAUCAUCGCCCGCGACGGCAUCGAAGCUCUUUUACUUCUUAAACGCCAGAACGGCUGUCCAGCAGGUUUCAACUCAUGUGCGUUCCUAGAUGCACCCGGCGCCUGCUGCCAAAGGGACACGAUAUGUUCUCGCGAUGAUGCGAACAACAUCGCAUGCUGCCCGACGGGCGCAGCCUGCACCGGAAUUCUAACCCAAUCGUCCUCCGCAACCACAUCUUCUGGCUUCAUGUUUCCAGAGCCAGGCACCGCGACGACGACAAAUCCCCCAUCCCUGACCGGCAGCACAGUUCCCAAUGCCCCUUUUCCCUUUGUAUACAUACCCACAAGCUUCAGAAACCAGCCAGAAUGCGUGCAAUCAUACUCCGGCUGUGUGUCGCAGUUCCAAGCUUGCGCCAGCUCCCUAGGCGGAGUUAAUGGAGUGACAAUAAGCGGUGCAGACGGCGCCGGAACGACAGUACAGGGAGUAGAACCCACCGCGGACGCCCAGUCGAUUUGCCUUAGUCUCAGUCGCGAAGCCUGCUACGGUCUUCAGGAAGCCUACUGCACCGCUUUCCAGGACGGUAGCUCUGGGGCAUCGCCGCCAUCGACCAGGACUUCGCCUCUUUACGAGAUCCUGACCGGACUCGGGAUCGCUCUUGCAGGGAUGAUUGCUUAAACGAGAAGAUGAUAUUAUGUCCGAUUCGUACUUUCCACGACUUCUCUCUGAAUGGAAAAAGGGAGGUAUCGCUAUGCCGUGAUGUCCAUUUACUCUUGGUUUAUGUCUAUUGAUUUACGCUGUACAUAUUGCACUCACAGG